AUGCUCUAUCUGCUCAGAGCCUCUCCCGCUCCUCGCGUGCGCGUCUGCGUCUCCAUUGACGCGGUUCUCCAGCUCCCUUUCGGUAUCGCUAUCGUCAUCGAAGUUAUCAAAGUCCUCAACCUUCUCCAGCUUCUCAAACUCCUCAAAGCCCAACACCACCUCCUUCCCGUCCCACACGCGCUCCUACUCCGACGCGGCCCGCCCCAACCACAGCUCUACUCGGGCACCUUCCCCGCCAUGAUCCCCAUAUUCCUGCUCGGAUCGGCUGUCUACCUCGGCCUCGAGCUCACCCAACUCAAGCUCGCACACGAAAAGUACAUGGAGGAGUCAGAAAAGGAGGUCAUGGCCCUCGAGGCGGAGAUCGAUGCGUUGCAGGACGCGAGGGUUAACGUUCAGGCCCAGGCUUCGAAUCCGCCCAUCUCUCCCGCGAUUAGUCCAAGUGCUAGUGGUGACCCAGCGUCAAGCCCGACUCCGAGAUCGCGUUGGAGGUUCUGGUAA